UAUAAACUUCCUUUAGCUGAACAGGGUUGAGAAGUCAAAUGUGCUUUCAACCACUGAAGACCACAUAAUUGGCUGGGUCGGCUAAGGUCUUUUGCAGCUUUUGGCCCGUCAGCUUCCACUGUUUGGGGGAGUUAUGCCAGGUGGGCAGCAACUCUAAUUAGUAAUCUGCCACCUUCCUUGUGGUGUUGGGGGGAAGCCAUGGAUUCUACCACCUCUGAGCUUCUAAAAGGAUCACCAGAGGCUGAAGAUGGAAACAUCGAAUAUAAACUGAAGCUGGUGAAUCCAUCCCAGUACCGCUUUGAGCACCUGGUGACACAGAUGAAGUGGCGGCUCCAGGAGGGCCGCGGUGAGGCAGUCUACCAGAUCGGGGUGGAGGACAAUGGGCUGCUGGUGGGGCUGGCUGAGGAGGAGAUGCGGGCCUCCCUCAAGACCCUGCAUCGGAUGGCAGAGAAGGUUGGGGCAGACAUCACUGUUCUCCGGGAGCGCGAAGUGGAUUAUGAUAGCGACAUGCCCCGAAAGAUCACUGAGGUGCUGGUCCGAAAGGUCCCUGACAACCAGCAGUUUCUGGACCUUCGUGUGGCUGUCCUGGGGAAUGUGGACUCGGGGAAGUCAACUCUGCUUGGCGUCCUGACCCAAGGAGAGCUGGACAAUGGCCGGGGCCGGGCUCGGCUCAACCUGUUCCGCCACCUGCAUGAGAUUCAGUCUGGCCGGACCUCCAGCAUCAGCUUCGAGAUCCUGGGCUUUAACAGCAAGGGAGAGGUGGUGAAUUACAGUGACUCACGGACGGCAGAAGAGAUCUGUGAGAGCAGCUCCAAGAUGAUCACCUUCAUCGACCUGGCCGGCCACCACAAGUACCUACACACCACCAUCUUUGGCCUCACCUCUUACUGCCCUGACUGUGCCCUGCUCCUCGUUAGUGCUAACACUGGGAUUGCCGGCACAACAAGGGAACAUCUGGGACUGGCCCUGGCCCUGAAAGUGCCCUUCUUCAUCGUGGUCAGCAAGGUGGACCUGUGCGCCAAGACCACAGUGGAGAGGACGGUACGCCAGCUAGAGCGGGUCCUGAAGCAGCCCGGCUGCCACAAAGUCCCCAUGCUGGUCAUCUCUGAGGAUGAUGCCGUCACCGCUGCCCAGCAGUUUGCCCAGUCACCCAACGUCACCCCUAUCUUCACCCUGUCCAGCGUGUCUGGAGAGAGCUUGGACCUGCUCAAAGUCUUCCUGAAUAUCCUGCCACCGCUCACCAACAGCAAAGAGCAGGAGGAACUCAUGCAGCAGCUGACAGAGUUUCAGGUGGAUGAAAUCUACACAGUACCAGAGGUGGGGACAGUUGUUGGAGGGACGCUUUCCAGUGGGAUUUGCCGUGAGGGCGACCAGCUGGUGGUGGGCCCCACGGACGAUGGCUGCUUCCUGGAGCUGAGAGUAUGCAGCAUCCAGCGCAACCGCUCUGCCUGCCGUGUACUGCGAGCUGGUCAGGCUGCUACACUGGCCCUCGGGGACUUUGACCGUGCACUCCUUCGAAAGGGCAUGGUGAUGGUGAGCCCCGAGAUGAACCCCACCAUCUGCUCAGUGUUCGAGGCAGAAAUAGUCCUACUGUUCCAUGCCACCACCUUCCGGCGAGGCUUCCAGGUGACAGUACACGUGGGCAACGUCCGCCAGACGGCAGUGGUGGAAAAGAUCCAUGCCAAGGACAAGCUGCGGACAGGGGAGAAGGCAGUGGUACGUUUCCGCUUCCUGAAACACCCAGAGUACCUGAAGGUGGGCGCCAAGCUGCUGUUCCGGGAGGGUGUCACCAAGGGCAUCGGCCAUGUCACAGAUGUGCAAGCCAUUGCAGCGGGAGAAGCCCAGGCCAACGUGGGCUUCUGAACUCCAAGCAGGCACAGCUCUAUUGCUGUCCCUACAAUAUAAGAUGCCUCUGGCCAUGCUGCCCCCUGUUGGCGGCUCUGUGUGUUAAUAGGCUAGGGAGAGGGAUGCUCCCUGCCACCAUGCUGGGAAGGUGCCAAGCUUGGUGUGGCCAGGGAGGGAAAGCCCUGAGGGAGAAGACAGGAGAAUUCAGGGCAGUGCUCAGCAGCUGUGUGUCCAUCUCGUUGGCUCAUCCACCCUGGAAGCCCCAUGACCUGUCUCCGGAGGGAGCUGACCGCUGCCACCUUGGCCCCACUGUCAGGACUGGGCAUGAUUCACCGGUGUGGUCCCUGCACUUCAGGAAUUGUCACAACUGGGAGUGGUCCUCGAAAACACUCCUUUUUCUAUACCUCUUCUGAAGACCAUGUAAGUUGCCCAUCUCUACCUGACUGUGGACAGAAGGCAUCUACUCAGGCUCCUGGCCAACUGGUGGCCUAGGGUCUGAAGAAAUGGCACAGGGACAGUGAAUGGCAAUGUUCCAUCCUGUGCUGAGACAUGCAGCCUGUUCCUCAGCUUUAUGGCUCUUCCCUUCUUCACUCAAGGGCCAUUUCCCCCGUUUCUCCUCUCAUAGGCCCCACAGGUGCUAUUUGUUGAGCUGGCCCAGGCGU